GCACUUUUGUUCACAGACGUGUGACUGGCAAAAUUUUAUUAACAAAUGUAUUAUGUUUGGACGGAUUAAGAUUGAAAAAGCUGAAAAAAGACUUAAAAUACAACCCAUAGAAAAUGAAUGCAAUGAUCUAUAUCAUUCAGUCAUUGACAAAAAGGUCAAUAUGGGGCCUUUGCCAUCUCAGCUUCAAGUUCCAGGUAUUAAAAGAAAUAGAUCUUACAAUACUUUGAAGCAAGAAUUUGAUCUUUUUGAUGUUGCUGAUUUUGCAAAAGCUGGUGUUGAGGCAAUCAUUGAAGAUGAAGUUACUAAACGGUUUUCAGCUGAGGAGUUACCAUCUUGGAAUCUGUUGACAAGAACUAACAAAAAUUAUGGUUUUGUGAGUUUUAGGCUGUCCAUUUUAUGGGGUGUUGGUUGCAUUUUGCGUUACUGUAUUCUGCUACCUGUAAGGUUAUUUAUAACUGUUAUUGGAGUUGGAUGGCUUAUUAUUUGUACUACUAUUAUUGGCUACAUACCAGAAGGAAGGUUCAAAAAGUGGUUAUAUUGGCAUGUGAGUCUGAUGUGUUUCAGAAUUUUAGCUCGUUCCUUUUCAGCAAUUGUUACAUAUCAUAAUAGGGAAAAUAGAGCUAAAGGAGGGGGAAUAUGCGUUGCCAAUCACACUUCUCCUAUUGAUGUGGUGAUACUUGCUUGUGACAACUGCUACGCACUGGUUGGGCAAAAGCAAGGAGGCUUUUUAGGAAUUCUUCAGAGGGCCCUUGCACGUGCUACUUCUCAUGUGUGGUUUGAGCGAUUUGAAAUGAAAGACAGAGCACUUGUCACAAGAAGAUUAAAGGAACAUUGUGAAGAUGCUGAAAAAUUGCCUAUCUUAAUAUUUCCUGAAGGCACCUGUAUAAAUAACACAUCUGUGAUGAUGUUUAAGAAAGGAAGUUUUGAAGUUGGUGGUACCAUAUAUCCAGCAGCAAUCAAAUAUGAUCCUAGGUUUGGUGAUCCAUUCUGGAACAGUAGCAAACAAGGUUAUGUGCAUUAUUUGUUGAUGAUGAUGUCUUCAUGGGCCAUUGUCUGUGAUGUUUGGUACCUCCCUCCAAUGACAAGACAGGAAGGUGAAAAUGCAAUUGAUUUUGCAAAGAGAGUCAAAAGUAUUAUAUCAAGACAAGGAGGUUUAGUUGACCUUGAAUGGGAUGGACAGUUAAAACGCGUGCAAGUAAAGAAAGAAUGGAAAGAACUGCAGCAACAAGAAUAUAGCCGAAAACUUAUGGUUGAUGAAGUUAUUUUAAACACCUAGAAAAGGACCUCAAAUAAAAUCAUUUCUGUGUGCUAAAUUAUCAAAGAGCUUUAUCAAAACAUUUUGUGAUAAUUUUGAGUGUACCGAUAUUUUUGUCUUAUAUAGAUUCAAUAUUCAUUUGUGGUUCAGUUUUAUUUAAAAGGCUGAACUGUAAAAUUAAAUGGUUUGUAAGUGUUACACUUUUAUUAAAUGUUGAAUGAUUACAUGUACACAAGUUUUUAAUUCCUGUGUAACAUAACAUUCCUUUGUAAACAUAAAUAUAUUUAUAAUACACUUUUAAAGAUAUAUAUUUAAAUUAAAAUAAAAUAUAAAAAUAUAUUUGUCUUUAGGUAUUAAAUGCAAUUCAGUAUUUUAAAAUAAUAAUGUUAUGCUGUAAUAUUUUAUGAGUAUUUACAAAAUGUGUCUGUUUAGGGGAUUAAAAACAUUUUUUAAAUAAUUACUUUUGUAUUUUGUCACAUUGGUUAACUUCAUAAUGAGUCAAUAUAUCAGUCACUUUUUAAUUAAUUAAUAUUUAAUGUAGUUGCUAAUGUCUUUCACCAAUAAAUUUAAAUAGGUAAUAUCUUGAUUGGCAAUUCAUUUUUCAGAUGAUCUUAAAUAAGAGUGUUUUAAUGUUUCUCCAUUUUAAAAUCAAUCAACUGAAAUCAGAACUACUUGUCAAAGAUGUGAGUGAAACUGAUUUAAAUGGACGUCUGUGGUUUGAUUACCAAAAGAGCUUACAUAACUGUUUCUUAUGAUUAUUAAAAUAAAUAAAGAAUAAUGCAGUUAUCAGUUAGUAUACAUAUAUAGUCCUUAUCAAAAUAUACUAUUUACGUAUAUUUGAAAAAAUUGAAAAGCUUAUAUUAUUAAAAUAUGAACAAUCAGCAUAUAUUAUUAAACUAUGUGAACAGUAAAAUUUUAAAAAUGUAGGGGUUUAUUUUUUGAAAAUAUUAUUAAUGUAGAAAUAUAUUAAUCUAUCUGUCAUUUAAGUAUCGAAUGAAAGGAUAAAAGAAAAACUGUAAAAAGAAUGAUAAUGGAUCUGCCUAUUACCGACCCAUCCAUAUGAUGUGUGCUUUAUUUAAAAAUCUAUGUGCUUUAUUUAAAAUCUGAUGUGCUUUAUUUAGUGUGAAUGGGAUCCAAGCUAAGGGAAACCAUGUCAACUUGAGUCAAGUAAAAAGAUAUUUAAAUUUUGUUUCAAGACAAGAAAGAGUUUUUUUAUAUUGAAAGAAGCAAAUCAUAUCUUUUGUGAUUUGUGAUUAUUAACAAUAUAAAUUUAUUGAUAACAUAAAUGUAUUUUAUUACUGUAAAUAAAUAGACAAAAGCAUGAAAGCUAUAAACCUUAAGAAAUAUUUCUGUAAGAUGAAAAUUUCUAUACAUUUCCAAUGGGAAUUUCGAAUGAAAAACAGAGUACAGAUUUUUAAAUUUGAACCAGUUGCCAAACAUACAUGAAUUCAAAGAAAAGUUUGUAGAAGUUCUAAAAAUUUGUUAAAAAGUAAUCAUAAUGAUUGUUGAAAAAGAUAAUAAAUGCUUUUUUGUGUUA